AUGGAAUUUGAGUCAUCCCAGUGGCGGCAGAGACCUUGCACUUCAAGCUUUGACUCACAUGCCACCCCAGUAAAUGUAGAAGAGGGAGAACCCAAUGCAGAGGUUCCAGAAGAUGCGAGGAUAGAUGAUGCACUCGUGGAUAGUCAACCAGGUGCUUGUGGGCUGGUUGACGAGAAUAUGCCAACUCUGAAAAGAAAGCUGGAAGAACUAAGCAAUCGAGAAGCAGGCAUGGAUGGGUUGGAGACAUGGUGUAGGAAAGCACAAAGGAUAAGAGGAGAAUACUGGAGCAUGGUCCAAGCAUUCCGAGAAGGUAGAUCUCUUACUCCACAGCAGGUAGAAAGAGUAAAUGAUUUGAGCAAAGAAGUUGAAGAUAUUCUAGGCCACUGUAGCUUCCGAAAAGGGUGGACAACACAUGCUGCUGGACGUAGGAAAAGUUUACCCUUGGUAACAACAGAGUUAGCAGACAAGGAAAGUAAGAAGACCAUAAAUAAGAUUUGCAACUAUCUAAUGGAGGAUGAGAUUGUCAUCAUUGGUAUUUAUGGAAUGGCGGGAGUUGGCAAGACAACCAUUCUAAUGCAUGUCCAUAAUAGAGUACUUGAGGAUCCUACCUUUAGUGAUGUGUUCUGGGUCACUGUACCUCGGAAGUUUAGCAUCUGUAAACUACAAAACGAGAUUGCCAAUGUAGUCGGACUAGACAAUCUCUCAAUGGAUAAGGAUGUGAAGAGGAGGGCAUGCAUAUUGAAUAGGCAUUUGAAGAGAAAGAGAGCUGUCUUAUGUUUAGAUGGUCUGUGGAUGCACUUUGACAUUGAGGAUGUGGGAAUUCCAGUUGAGAAUGGAGGCAUUAAGUUGGUACUGACAACUGGAUCACUAGAUGUAUGUGAUAAGAUGGUCUGCCAAAAAAAAGUCAAAAUAAAUCCUCUAGAGCGGCCAGAUGAUUGUUGGGUCUUAUUUUUAAAAAAGCUUUGCUUUGGGAGAGACCUCCCUUCAGAAGUUAAAAAAAUUGCAAGCUCCAUUUUAUGUAAGUGUGGGGGUUUGCCACUUGGGAUCAUUGAGAUUGCAACUCACUUGAGGGGACUACAGGAAGUGCAUGAAUGGGAAGACUUGUUGCAGGAAUUAGAAAAUUCGAUGAUGGAACUUGAUGUGUUCAAGAAACUGAAACUCACUUACAUGAACUUGCGUAAUCUUCAAGUGCAGCAGUGUUUCUUGCAUUUAAUACUCUGUUUUGGAGAGUGCUAUUUUGAAGAAGAAAACAUUGAAAAGGUUUUGAUAGAGUCUUUCAUAGAUGAGGGCUUGUUAAGUGGAAGAGCCACCCGGCAAGAAUUGCACAAGAAGGGUAACACCAUACUGGACAAACUAAAAAAGGCUUGCCUGGGGGUUGAUAUAGACAUAGAGUGUCUGUUAGUACACCCCUUGAUAAGGGACAUGGCAUUGCAGAUUGUGACAAACACAACUCACAUGGUCAAGGCCAACAUGGGAUUGAAAGAAAUUCCAGAGGAAGAGUUAUGGACGGACCAUCUAGAGAAAGUCUUUUUACAAAACAACGAUAUAAAAGUAAUCCCGUACAGCAUCUCACCAAAUUGCCCUAAACUUACAAGGCUGUCGUUGAAUGACAAUGUCUCUUUGGAAGCCAUCCACAAAUCUUUCUUUAGGCAUAUGAAGGGGUUAAAGGUUCUAGAUCUCAGCAGAACGAAAAUCAUGGAAUUACCAGACACCAUCUCUGACUUGGAGAGCUUGGAAGCACUGUUACUUCGAGAGUGUGAGAAAUUAUGUCAUAUACCUUGUGUACAAAAGUUGGGAUGCCUUCGGAAGUUGGAUCUUAGUGGGUGUGCAAUGCUUGAAGAAGUGCCGGAGGGGAUGGAGAUGUCGGUAAAGCUGACGUACCUUGACCUACUUGGCACAAAGAUCAAGACGUUAUCAGAAGGAUUGUUGGGGAAGUUGGUGAACCUGCAAUAUCUGGCAAUUAAUUUUAUGAUGGAGGUGGAAGGACUCUAUUGCUAUGUUCCACAUGUUGAAACAUUCAAUACAUAUGUGAGGCUUCUCAAGCAAAAUAGCUCCCAACAAUACGAAUUGGCACUGGGUGCAUCAAGAAACUACUUCUUUAGGGAUAAGCACAAGAGGCGUAUAAUCAUCGAAAGUUGCCUUAGUAUUGCGGCAAUGGUAGAUGGAGAAAUUGGUGGGGAUGGCCGCGCUCUACUUCCCAGAAAUGUGCAAGUACUAAAAGUGGGACAGUGCAGUGGGUUGACAAGUUUGUCUGAGGUAGGCCCACUUAAUAAUCUAGAGGAGCUGAAGAUAAAGGAAUGGAAGAAGCUGGAGGAGCUGGGUGCUGUCCACUUCCCUUGCCUACGGAGACUGAAUAUCACUCAAUGUACCAAACUGAAGCAUUUCUUGAAGGAGGGGCAUGAGCUCCGAUGUCUACAAUGGUUUAAAAUCAAGGGCUUGGAGGAACUAGAGGAGAUUAAUAUAGCGGCACCUUUUCUUUAUAAUAUAAAAGUGUACAGGUGUCCUAAAAUGAAGUGGGUGGUGAAAUGGCAGUGGCUGGCCACUCACUUUCCAAAUCUGAGGUCCAUUAAAAUAAAAGAUUGUGGGCAAUUAGAGGAGAUAUUAGGUGGACUACCACCGAUCGGUGCAACUUUUCGUCUUACAAAAAUUGAAAUAGAAGGAUGCAACUGCCUGAAGGGGGUGCUGAUGACGUGUGACAUAUCACUCCACCUUCCUUUCCUCCAACAUGUAAUGGUCAAAGACUGCAUGGGCAUAGAGGCGAUAAUAGGCAUCGUUCCCAACAUGACGCAGCCCCUACAUUUAAUAAACCUGACUCUAAGGAAUCUUCCAGAGCUGAAGACCAUAUGUGAAGGGACCGUGAGUUGGCUUUCAAUCCAAUAUAUGAGAAUAAGCGAAUGUCCGAAGCUGAAGAGGCUUCCUCUGCUUGACAAGGGUCCUUCCGAUGAUUAUGAUAAUGGGCUAGAUGGUGAUAUUUGGAUAGAUGAGCUGACGUGGCAGUCGCUGGAGUGGGACCAUUCCCCUUUCCAUCCUUCACUUCGACACUUAGCGUGGCGUUAUGGCGUUUCUAAUUGGCAUGAUCAGAGGAUAUGUGUACGUAUUGAAAGUCGCGACGCCAUUACGUCAAGGGUAGAUGGAUUUAUCGGUGGGGAUGGCCGCAAUUUACUUCCAAGAAAUGUGCAAGUACUAGAAGCAGGAGGGGGCAGUGAGGUGACAAGUUUGAGUGAGGUAGGCCCACCGGAGAAUCAAAAGGAGCUGACUAUAAAAGAUUGCGAGAAGUUGGAGGAGCUGAGUGCUGUCCACUUCCCUCAGCUGGAGGGACUGGACAUCAAUUGCUGUUCCAAAUUGAAGCAUCUCUCAGUGGAGGGACAGGGGUUUCCACAUCUACGCUGGUUUACAAUCACAAGCUCAGAGGAACUGGAAGGGAUCGAUUUAGAUGCGCCCAAUCUAAACUCUGUGAAUGUGUGGUGUUGUCAUAAAAUGAAAAGAGCGGUAGAAUGGGACUGGCUGACCACUCGCCUUCCAAAUCUAAAGUCCAUUGGAAUAAUUUAUUGUGAGAAAUUAGAGGAAAUAAUAGGUGGGCCAUUGCCAAUCGGUGCCACUUGUCUUCUUAUAGAGAUUAAAAUUGAAGGAUGCAACAACAUGAAGGGGGUGUUGCUAACGCACGAUAUGUUGCUCCACAUCCCUUUCCUCCAAGAUAUAAGAGUCGAACGCUGCAAGGGUAUAGAGGUGAUAAUAGGCACUGCUCCCAACAUGACGCAAUCUUCCUUCCCAAAGUUAACACGCCUGACUCUACGGAAUCUUCCGGAAUUGAAGAGGAUAUGUGAUCGGAUGGAGAGUUGCGAUCACAUCCAAUAUAUUGAAAUAGACAAUUGUCCGAAGCUGAAGAAGAUUCCUUUGCGACUGCACCCACUUGACAAUGGCCUCCUUUCUCCUCCCCCCUCCCUUGGACAGAUUUUGAUAGAUCACAAGGAGACGUGGCAAGCUCUGGAGUGGGACCAUCCCCUUGCCCCUAUCUCCCUCGAACCCUUCAUCGAGUUUAUUUAUGGUGAGUUACCCAAAAUUUUCAUGUUUCUUUUAUUCUCUCCAUUUAACCAUCGAUCUCCCACGGUACGGAAAAAUCACUUUUCUUAUUUUCCAAACUUUAUACUAACUAUUAGGCCCAGUGCAUAUAACUUUUAUUAUAGCUUGAAAGUAUAUCAAAAUGGUUAUAUUAUCAUUGAAAAUUAGUUGCCGUGGCAUUGUUCAAAGAAUAAUAAUGGCAAUUUCACUUAAAAGUGCCAAAAUAUCGGGUCUAAUUCUUAAGUUCUACUUUAUUAGUUGGGACAAUUUAAGAGAGAAUGUCUAACUGUUUUUUUUUUUUUUUACCUUUUCAUUCUGUUACCUUUUUUAUUUUAGCUCGCCCAGUACUCCUAUUUUCAAU